UUCGGUAUUCAAAAAAAGGAGUACGCCUCCCUCCCGCUUCCCUUUGCAGGGGAAACAAAAAAAAUCAGAGGCGCCAGAGAGAGAGCCAGAGGAACAAAAAACCGGAAUAGCCGAAACACAAGAGAGAGCGCGCAAAAGAGUGAGAGAGAAGAGACAAAAAGUACACACAUAAAAAACAUAAACAAGCCUUUUUUCAUAAGGCGAGCAAGCGAGAGAGAAGAACGGCGGAGAGCGACAUCAUUCCACCCUCUCGCUCAGCUGCUUCAGAAAAAACUUGCUUCGGUUGUGAUUUUUUUUCCACUCUCUUUUUCGCCGCCGAACCGAGCAGAGUCCCGUUUUUUGUUGCUCCUGCUUUGCACCGCGUUCGUCUCUUGAUGUAAACAAGCGUAACCGAAGCUUACGCCGCGCCACCCACCGCCUCCUCCAAAACGAUUGUAAUUGCAAUUAAUCGCAGAAGGCGGGUCGCCAAAAAAGUCCGAAAAGCAAAAAAAAAAAGCCCGAAAUCAUAAAAAAGGGGCAAAAGCACAAGUGCAGAAAAAAGUGACUUGUGCGAGUGUGUGUUGGUGUAUUUUUGGCGUGCGCGGCCAUUUUUUCUUGUUGCCACACGGGAAUCUGUUUUAAGUGUGUUGGUGUAUGUGGAAGAGAAACCAAAAAGAAGAGGAAUAUAAAAAAGCGAAAUUUGCAAACUUAUAACAUAAUAAGUAGAAUCUAUAAAAUACGUAAAAAAGGUGCAGGAAUGCGUCUAAUCCAACAAGUCAAAUACCGCAAAAUCGCAAGCAAAUUGUUCCCUAAAAUACCUGUGUGAAAGAUUGGAGGAGUGUGGAGGAACCCACCGUACCCCCCUCUUCUUGCAACAACCACCUACAAUCAGCAGCUGAACACGUGCUUGCGGGCCAAAAUAUCAACAAAAGUUGGCCCACAAAAAAUAAAGCAAGAAAACCCAGAACACAAAAGACCUUUUCGAAUUGCAGAAAAACCCCACAACCGCGCACCAGAGGAAAGCGUAGAGCUGAGUCUCUUGUGUAAGCGGAGUCCGCUGCUCCAAGUGUCGACUGUCGGCGGUCGAUUCGCCCCACAAUCGUUGGUGAGCUCUGCCCCAAGCUGGACGCACGCACCAUCGCCUACCGCCCGCUGACACUUGGGGGCCAUCAGCCGCCGCUUAUGGCCGAAUUGCCGACGGCGCCGAACGGCGUCUCGAGCGGUGACUAUCUCCAUCGAUCCAUUGACCAGCUGCGAUCCCUCACGCACCUGACCACAGCGGAUCUGCGCACCGCACAACUGGUCCAUGACUACAAGCCAUUCAACAUCAAUGAGUUUCGUCAGAAUGUGGUGGAGCGGCUGGACUACAGCCUGAAGAAUGGCCUGGUGCACCACCAACAGCAGCAGCAGCAACAACAGCAGCAGGAGAUGUUGCAGCAGCAGCAGCAGCAUCAGGCACAUCAAGAGCAGCAGCAGCAACAACAACAACAGCAGCAACAGCAUCACCAUCAGCAGCAGCAGCAUCAUCUAAAGUCCAGCUACAGUGCGCCAAGCUCUCCGCCAACACCACACGAGCAGCAGGAGCAAAAGUACGAUCCCAAUAGAUCGCCUCCACGGCCGCUCAUGAGCAGCGGCAGCAAUGCCUCGUCGCCAGAAGAUGAUCGCCGAGGCAGCGGCGGAGGACCUGGAGGUGGUGGAGGAGGAGACGGGGACCAGUCAAAGCCAUACAAAUGCGCCUCGUGCAGCAAAUCCUUUGCCAACUCCUCGUAUCUGUCGCAGCACACGCGCAUCCAUUUGGGGAUCAAACCCUACCGCUGCGAGAUCUGCCAGCGAAAGUUUACGCAACUGUCGCACCUGCAGCAGCACAUCAGGACGCACACGGGGGACAAACCGUACAAGUGCCGGCAUGCCGGCUGUCCCAAGGCCUUCUCACAGCUCUCGAACCUCCAAUCGCACUCGCGAUGCCAUCAGACGGAUAAACCCUUCAAAUGCAACUCCUGCUACAAAUGUUUUGCCGAUGAGAUGACGCUGUUGGAGCACAUACCCAAGCACAAGGACUCCAAGCACCUGAAGACGCACAUUUGCAAUUUGUGUGGGAAAUCCUACACGCAGGAGACGUACCUACAGAAGCAUCUGCAAAAGCAUGCAGAGAAGGCGGAAAAACAGCAGCAACGGCACUCCAGUCAGGUGGCUGCAGUGCAGCAGCAUGUGCCAUCGGGGGGAAUCGGUUUGAAUCUGCAGCGCCAGGCGAUGAAUGAUGUGAAUGCUGCCUACUGGGCCAAGAUGGGCGCAGACAGUGCGGCUGCAUCGCUGGCAGAGGCCAUACAGCAGCAGCUGCCCCAGACCAAUGGCCAGACGUACGCGAAUUUUGCCACGCUCCAGCAGCAUCAGCAGCAACAACAGCAACAGCAGCAGGAUAUGCUGCAGCAGCACCACCAGCGGCUGGCGGACACACCCGGCCACUCGCACAGUCCGCAUGAAGACCCCGCCGGCGAGGAUCUCGUCCUGCGGCAGACGACACCACAGCAUCACCUGCAACAGCAACAACAGCAGCAGCAGCCCUCGCCUGGGCCUGGAUCCUCGGCUUUUACUCCACUGAGCGCCACCGUGCCGCCCUCACAUCUUCAGCAGCAUCGUGGGGCACCAGCGGCCACCGCGGCCUACCUCUACCAGCAGAAUGCGGCAGCGGCGGCCGCUGCCUUUCCCACGCAGCUGAUUUCUCUGCAUCAAAUACGAAACUAUGCGCACCAGCCAGGGGCAGCGGGUCUCAUCGCUGGCGAUCAUCUAACCCUGGGUCUGAGCGCCGUCCAGGCGGCCAAGGAGAAGGCCCAAUAGUACAGGCCCCUACGUGGCCACAAAAGGCAGCUACGAUGACAUUAGUUGUAGGUUUCAGCAGACGUUUAAACUGGCAUGAGUUUCCAACAAUUACAUGCGGAAUUCAUCCCAGUUUCAACACUCGAAAUUAUGUGUAAGUUAGGUUUAGUUUAGGCACCAGUUGAAGGCAGUGCAGGAGCUGGUACUUCCAUUUAGUAUUAACCUUUGUAUAGACUUACAAACCCUCUAGAAUCAGGAAAAGUAUUGAUUGCUUUAUUCUACUCAUAAAUCUCACUCUCCAGACUCCAAAACACUGCCCGAAAAUAAAAACGCAGCUCCUCCCUGCCCUCAACUGCAAAUUUUGAAGAAUAUCUAUAGAGGACAUGUGUAUCUAGGACAACUCAGGAUUUAUAUGAUAUUUAUAUGACCCUUUCCCAUCUUUCUAUUUAUGAAAAAUAUCUCUCCAAAAUAAAAAGGUAAAACUCUGAAAUACUUGAAAAAAACCAUCAAUACAUUCGAGUAGAUCACAAGUUUUUCCAGACGAUCCGAUGAUAGGAGCCGUACAAAGUACGGCGAAUACAUAAUGUAAAUCUUAUGUAAAUGUGUGCUGUACGACGUAUCAUAUUAGCCAUAAGCAAGAGAACCCUCGAGAUAUUAUCUUUAUUUAUCAAACAAAUUUGUUUAAGAACUAAGAAGUGUAUUUUCUACCUAAAACACAACAAAAAAUAAAA